CUGCAGAGUUUAAAGGAGUGGGAAUAAAGUAACCCAGAGAGAUCUGCAGACAUGUCUGGCAAGCCAGUGUGCGUUGCAGAUUUUGAGGAGUAUGCUAAAAGCUUUCUGCCCAAGUCCGUGUACGAUUACUACCGCUCUGGGGCGGAUGACCAGGAAACCCUGGCGGAUAAUGUCGCAGCGUUUUCCAGGUGGAAGCUGUACCCGCGGGUGCUCAGGGACGUGUCGGUGAUGGACCUGUCCACCUCUGUCCUGGGGCACAGGGUCACCGUGCCCGUGUGCGUGGCCGCCACCGCGAUGCAGCGCAUGGCUCAUCCCCACGGAGAGACGGCGACCGCCCGAGCCUGCCAGGCCGUGGGGACGGGGAUGAUGCUGAGCUCCUGGGCCACGUCGUCCAUCGAGGAGGUGGCGGAGGCAGCCCCGUCUGGCCUGCGCUGGCUGCAGCUGUACGUGUACAAGGAGCGGCAGGUGACGGCGGCGCUGGUGCGGCGCGCCGAGAGAGCCGGCUACCGCGGCAUCUUCGUCACCGUGGACACGCCGUACCUGGGCCGCCGCCUCGCCGACGUGCGCAACAGGUUCCAGCUGCCCCCGCACCUCAGCUUAAAGAACUUCUCGAGCAGUGAGCUGGCAUUUUCCUCGGGGAAGGACUUUGGAGAGAACAGCGGGCUGGCUGUGUACGUCGCUGAGGCCAUCGAUGCCACCGUCAGCUGGGAGGACAUCAAGUGGCUGCGGGGGCUGACCUCGCUGCCCAUCGUGCUGAAAGGCAUCCUCAGGGCUGAUGAUGCCAAAGAAGCUGUGAAGCUUGGGGUAAACGGGAUCCUGGUGUCAAACCACGGAGCACGACAGCUUGAUGGUGUCCCUGCUACUAUUGAUGUCUUGCCUGAAAUCGUGGAGGCUGUGGAGGGGAAGGUGGAGGUGUUCCUGGACGGAGGCGUGAGAAAAGGCACAGACGUUCUCAAGGCACUGGCUCUUGGUGCCAAAGCUGUUUUCGUUGGGAGACCUGUCCUCUGGGGACUGGCUUACCAAGGUGAAGAAGGAGCAAAAGAAGUUCUCCAGAUGCUGAAGGAAGAGUUUCGCCUGGCAAUGGCUCUGACAGGAUGCCGGAGAGUAGAAGAAAUUGGCAGGACACUGAUCCGAAGACAUCAAGCAUUGUUUUCCAAGAUUUAGGUCUGAAGACUCUUGCCUUGUGCGUUGCCUGUGGUGCUUCCAGACAAAAUCCAACUGCAUUCCCUCUGAGGGCCUCCUCCUGCAAGCCUGACUGAGGGAACGCUCUGCUCUGUAGGAAAUCACUUGUUGAAGAAGGAACUAAAGCAAAUUUUACAGGUGCUUCCAAAUCUCUCGGGCUCUUAAGGAAAGCUGCUGCACUGGGAGGUGUCAUUAGAGAUGGGCCUUUAUACAAGACCAGCACAGAAACUUCAAGGUGUUUUGCAACAAAUGCUGAUAAUUAAUUUCCAUGCCUGGGAGUAAUUUAGCUGUUAAAGUGAAACUAUAAACAGAAAUGCUGAAAUUUAAAAUGCAAAAGAUGCUUCUUGCUCACUGUUUAGAGAAACUAGGCUGUAGAUUGUAGAGAUUAAAUCUUGCUUUCCUAUGAACAGAGUGUCCUUUCCCUAGUGACUUGAUAAGCAUCUGGGCUUGUGGCACGUAGGCUGUAGGAGCCCAGAGGACUAUUCGUUGUAAGGAAGCAAAGAGCAAAGCAAAACUGGGGAAAUUCAGCUGUUCAAGUGGCACAAGCCCCUCUCAAUCAGACAGCUGCUAUGUACAUGCAUUGGAUGUAUGUCAGAUCCUUGGCUACUGCAGGUCCCUGUAGCCCAAACUGUGCCAGCUGCAUCCACCUGGAGCUCCAAGUCACAUUUUUCACCUGGACUGAUUUGCUGAUAGUGGCAAGGGAAGGCUGAUGCUGCCUGGGAGAGUUUGUAGAAUUUGCAGCCCUGUGCAAAAGGGAAACUUGAAUAAUUGAGGCAUUAACCCAUGACUUGGGAAGAGCCUGGUGGCUCGAUUGAGUUUCCAUGCACACCCUUAAGUCAGAUAAAUCUCAGUGUUCUUCAUUCUGCUCAUGAGGAGGAUGCAGAGACACACAGGAUCUGUGCCUCUGUUCUCUGAACAACUCAAAUAUCCACUGAAUUCAGGAGAAAUUUUGCAACUGCAAAGAAUAAAGGAGGUAAGACUAUACUGUUCUCAUCCUGGGUAAAAGCAAGGCUAGCUCUUCACCUGUCUCACCUCCCUUGCAGGUAUGGCAGUUUUACAGGGAGCAGGGAAAGGCCACACAGGUUUUGAAUAUCUUGAUGUGAAAAUUUAAUGUUCAUUUUUAAAGAAGAACCAAAAAAGAGAAAAAACCCUUGAUUUCAUGGCUUCACUGACAUCACCAGCUCCACCAUUUGUUUCCCAUCAGCCUCGUGCAUUCUGACUCUCCCACUUUGCUCAGUUUGAAAUAUCCCUUACUGAGCUUUAGAGGCAGCUUUGUAAUGAAAUGAUGGAAUAUUAUAAUGGGAACUAAAGCUGGGGCUGGAACUCGAAAUGGGGAGAAAACCCAAAAGGCCACAUGCUUGCCCUCCAGUUGUAAAAUCUGUACUCUUAUUUACUGCAGAAUGUGGUCUGUUGUGUGAGAGUUGCGUAGCAACAAAAUAAAGUUUAUCUGUGCAAGGAAAUAUGAAUGUUUCUCAGAGAACAGAGAAACAUAAUUUCUGCUGUUUACUGCACUUAUCAUAUCUGUUGCAAUGUGGACUGUGUCAGAUGUCAAUUACAGACUAACUUCAGCAAGACUGUUUAUUUGAGAUAAUAUAAAUGUUACUUAAAAGACAGGGGCAUAGUAUCUUAUGUUUACAUGUUUAAGAUCUAUUUCUAAAGCUCAGAAGAUGCAGUUUCCUGUCUUUGCCCCAGCCAGAUUCGAGGAAAGUUCUGAAACUCUGGUGGUUCAGUAGAAGUUCUGAUGGUGAGGAAACCGGUUUAGUUACUUGUGCGUAAUUCACCGUUUCUAGCUCCUCUGGGACAAGGGGUUUACAUUGUUUUUUCCUGCCUGUUAUCUGAGAAUCAUCUGACUGCCUUCCAGUUCAACCCUAGUAAGACUAGACAAGCAUUAAAAACCAACGUUAGAGCCAAAUACUUAAAGGCUGUGAGACUGUUAACAGAAAGUAAAUUCAUUUGUCUGGUAGAAUUCUCUUUUUAAAAUAUUCUACAGUAAAGAGAAUUUCUUUUGAUUUUGA